UUCAUUCAGCAAACAUGAACCUCUUCUUUGUUUGGACGGUCUUCUUAGUGCUGGUGGCCGGCCCUCAGGUGGAGGGCUCCCGGGUACCGGGGCUGAAGGUGCUCCCGGAUGUGGACUCCUCGUGUGCGGCAGCGGUGAGAGCCGCUCUUGAGGAAUACCGAGAUCUUUACAAGGGACAACUUAGAGAACCACCGAAGAUGACUUAUCCAAUGAAGACAAGUUCAGUAAUAGCCUCUAACGACACCUUUAAGACGAUAGAAAGGAAAGUCUUUAAUGAUACCGAUGAAACGGGUCAAGAAACCGAAUCAAAACGAGCAGAGCAAAGAAAAGAGAUUCUGCCCAGCAAUAUAACGAACGAAGCAGUUGUGAAAGAGAAGGAAGAACUUCUACCUUCACAGGAAAGCACUAAUGUGACAUCUGUGGAGGAGAGGAAUGUUACAGAGAAGGAUGAUGGACUUCAGAAGGCAAAAGGAACAGAACAAAGAAAGGAGAUUCUGCCCAGCAAUAUAACGAAUGAAGUUGUUGUGAAAGAGAAGGAAGAACUUCUACCUUCACAGGAAAGCACGAAAGUGACAUCUGUGGAGGAGAGGAAUGUUACAGAGAAGGAUGCUGGACUUCAUGAGGCAGAACGAACAGAGCAAAGAAAGGAGAUUCUGCCCAGCAAUAUAACGAAUGAAAUUGUUGUGAAAGAGAAAGAAGAACUUCUACCUUCACAGGAAAGCACGAAAGUGACAUCUGUGGAGAAGAAGAAUAUUACAGAGAAGAGUGAUGGAAAAGAUGUCGAGAAAGAAACUGUAAUUCAAAAAGAAGUCGAAAAGAAUGUGUGUAAUAGCGACAUCAAAGAGGUUCGUAACGAAAAACAUCUUAAUGAAACAAUUGAAGACUUGAAACACCAAGUUGAUGACGUGAAAAACAAGAUGAAGGAAGAAAAAGCAAAGGCUGAAGAAACAAAUACUACGCCUAUCACUCAAGACGGUAAAGUCGUUGAAAAGACAGUCCCUGCUGUGACGCCGGCGAAGGUUGUUAGAAAGGAUGUGCCCUCGGUGGGAGAAGGAAAAGACUCCGUUGUGACUCGAGUUGUUAAACCUGUUACCCCUUCGGUGGUAGCAGAAAAGGUCCCCGUUGUGACAAAUCAGACCGUUGCUGAAAAGAUUCCCCCUACGGCGACGGAAGGAAAAGUCCACGUUGUUAAAGAAGAUAAAUUUAUUGAAAAGGUUGUGCCCUCGGUGACGGAAGAAAAACUCCCCGUUGUGACAAAGGAGAAGGUUGUUGAGCAGGCUGCCCCUUCGGUGACACAGGAGAUCGUAAGUGUCUCUAAGGAGCAAGCAGAACUUCCUCUCGCGGCAGAGGAGAAGAAGGUUAUUGAAAAGAUUAUCCCCUCGGUGACAGAAGGAAAAGUCCCGGUAGUCCCUCAACAGGAGGUUGUUGAAAACGUUGCCCCUUCGACGACAGAAGAAAAAGUUCCUGUUGUGACACAAGAAAGGGUUAUUGAGCAGAAUGUCCCACAAGAAAGGGUUAUUGAACAGUCUGUCCCACAAGAAAGGGUUAUUGAAAGGGCUGUCCCACAAGAAAUGGUUAUUGAACAGUCUGCCCCACAAGAAAGGGUUAUUGAACAGAAUGCCCCACAAGAAAGGAUUAUUGAACAGAAUGCCCCACAAGAAAGGGUUAUUGAACAGUCUGUCCCACAAGAAAGGGUUAUUGAAAGGAAUGCCCCACAAGAAAGGGUUACUGAACAGAAUGCCCCACAAGAAAGGGUUACUGAACAGAAUGCCCCACAAGAAAGGGUUAUUGAACAGAAUGUCCCACAAGAAAGGGUUACUGAACAGAAUGCCCCACAAGAAAGGGUUAUUGAACAGAAUGCCCCACAAGAAAGGGUUAUUGAACAAAAUGCCCCACAAGAAAGGGUUAUUGAACAGAAUGUCCCACAAGAAAGGGUUAUUGAACAGAAUGCCCCACAAGAAAGGGUUACUGAACAGAAUGCCCCACAAGAAAGGGUUAUUGAACAGAAUGCCCCACAAGAAAGGGUUAUUGAACAAAAUGAACCACAAGAAAGGGUUAUUGAACAGAAUGCCCCACAGGAAAGGGUUAUUGAACAGAAUGCCCCACAAGAAAGGGUUACUGAACAGAAUGUUCCACAAGAAAGGGUUAUUGAAAGGGUUGCCCCACAAGAAAGGGCUAUUGAACAGGCUGCCCCUACGGCGACAGAAGGAAAAGUUCCUGUUGUGAUAAAAAAGGUUACUGAACAGGCUGCCCCUUCGGUUACAGAAGAGAUUGUCACUGUUUCUAAAGAGAAAGAAGAAGUCCCUGUUGUAACAGAGGAAAAGGUUCCCGCUGUGAGAAAUGAGACAGUUAUUGAAAAGAUUACUCCUUCCGUAACAGAAGAAAAAGUUGUCAAUCAACGGAAGGUUGUUUCUUACGAAGAUGCGACAGAAAAUCAGGAAAAUCAAGUUACUGGAGAUGAAGAAACGGACAAAACUGAAUUGAAGUUUAUCAUCACCAUACAAGAGAGAAUAGUCCGCGAACAGACAGUCUCGAUCAUACCCGUGAUGGACAAGGACGCCAACACAAGAAGGAAUGGAAAAGUGGCGAAGAAACAACUGAAAAGAAUAAUGAAGAAGGUGGCCCGAGCCGUACGGGAAGAAUUAAGCAAGGAACACAAGACAGCGAGGGAGGAACAGUAGCAGGAGAAGCUGUAACCAGUGUGAGGGAACAGGCUGCCACUCUCCACCAAACCGACAGCCACCACCACCAAAAUGUCCCCUCAACACCCAGCUGCUUGCGAUGGGAUCCCUAAGAAAGUGUUCCAUAUUUUCUUGUCUUUUCUUAUCUAUCUAUCUUAC